UGUUUCAGGUUGAGAUGUCUUAUCGUCUCAAGUCUGUUCAAUAGGUGUCAUCUCUAGAUAGGAUACCCUUCAGAAGUCUACUCUAUCCGAGUUCAGUUGACAUGCCAGCCCACCAACUCGUAUAUAUAGUUAAUCACAUAACUGCAUCAUGCGGAUCAAGACUCUUUGACUCCUCUCCUUAUAACUUUUGCUAGAAACCCGUGAACGCUAUGCUAGCAUUUGCAGUCACCUUAGCCUUGUCGGAAAAGAGCUGGCCGAUCGGAUAAGGUCGGCGGACCCGGCAAAGCGUUCACGCGGGGGCAAGUCUCCCCUCGGAUCCGUUGUUCGGCAUAGGCACUCGAGCUAAAAGCAAUGGUAGUAUUAGACUUCAUUCCCGACCUCAGGUAAGAAGGACAUUUUGGCGUCUAGAUUAACUCCAUACCAUCACAAGUGCCACGCAGGCUAUCCAACCACAAACCCCUCUCUUCAAGCAUCAUCCCAUUCCCUUCCCCCUCAACACACCGCACGCCUCGAAAAUGCGCAUCCCAUACGUCCCCAACCCACCCCCGACCUCCACAGAAGAAGAAGCAGCAAUCCUCUCCCGCAUCGCCGCCCGCCGCGCGCCCCGCCCCCUACAACCCCUAGACCUCGCCCUCCUGCACUCCCCGCCGGUCGCAGACGGAUGGAACGCGUUCCUAGGCGCCGUCCGCACGCGCACGCUCCUGUCGCCGCGCCUCCGCGAGCUCGCGAUCUGCCGCGUCGCGGUGUGCAACGCGGCGUGGUACGAAUGGGCCCAUCACGCGCCCCUCGCGGCGGCCGCGGGGCUCGGGCCGCGCGCCCUGGAACUCGUGAAGAGGGAGCGUUGGGACGCGCUUGGUGACGAGGAGAAGAGCGCUGCUGAAGACGACGGCUUGGGACCCAGGGAGUGGGCUGUGCUCAGGUAUACGGAUGAGAUGACGCGCGUGGUGCGCGUUGCGGAUCAUACGUUUGCGGCGCUUAGGGCUGUUUGCGAUGAGAGGGAGGUUGUGGAGGUUACUGCCACGGUCGCUGCUUAUAACUGUGUCAGCCGAUUCCUCGUGGCAUUAGAUGUGGGCGAGAGAAAUGCCACAGGGCCGGACGAUGUCCAGCACUAGGAUGCCUUGUUGGUUUAAAAGCGGAAUAUAUGUGUAGAAUGCGAAGGCCGUGCGUCUUGUACAUUCAGAAAUUCAAUACUAGAGUACAGGCAUCUUGCUCAAGUGUUGGUCAGGUAGUAAAAAGACGCCUUUACACCAACAUUUCUAGAUUGGGGGAGAAUUCAGUAAUUUUUUUUUCUAUAUAUGCAU